UACGCUGCACUCCUCGCCGCCCUCAUCGGCACAGUCAGGGCGCGGAGAGAUCUGUUGCGUCUCCUUCGCUGACGGGACGGCUGAAACUGGUCAUGUCGCACGGCUGUAUGUGUACACCUCUCUGAUUUCAUCCCUGAAAAAAUAAAGAAAAAAAGUGAAGGUCGCUAAAUCUUCUCGGGAGGGAAGUGAGGCGCGUGCGGACGCACCGACGGACGGAGGAAGAGGCAGAAAACACCUGUUGGCAGUCGCCGAGUCUUUGUGGUGCCACGAUGAGGAAGGCUGAGGGAGGUAUUUUGCUGCGGUUGCUGCUGUUAUUCAUGCUGCACGCAACCGGAACAAGCUACAGCCCACCAGGGAAACCAACGCUAACGAGAUGUCGGUCUCCUGAAAAAGAGACAUUCACCUGCUGGUGGGAGCCGGGUUCGGACGGUGGGCUUCCAACCAAGUACGCCUUGUACUAUCGCAAGGAAAACUCUGACAAGGUGUUCGAGUGUCCAGACUACCGCACGGCCGGAGAGAACUCCUGCUUCUUCAACAAGAACGACACGUCCGUUUGGGUCAACUACAACAUCACGGUGGUGGCCACCAACGCUCUGGGGAGGACAUUUUCCGACCCCGUCGACAUUGACGUUGUCUACAUAGUCAAGCCCAAUCCUCCGGAGAACUUAGCACUGACCGUCCUCUGGGACCAAACCUGGCCCUACCUCCACGUGUCGUGGGAAUCCCCGCAGAAAGCCGACACUCGCUCAGGUUGGAUCACCCUCAUCUAUGAGCUCCGGAUCAAGUUGGAGGAUGAAGAUGAAUGGGAGGAGCACCCUGCAGGCCAACAGAAGACAUUUAACAUUUUCAGCCUCUGCUCAGGGGGUAAAUACUUGGUUCAGGUGCGCUGUAAACCUGAUCAUGGCUUUUGGAGUGAAUGGAGCUCGUCGCAGUACGUUAAAGUGCCUGAAUAUUUCAAUCGAGAAAAGUCCAUGUGGGUCCUGGCUGUGAUCUUUUCUGCUUUUGCCUUGUUCAUCAUCACCUGGCUUAUUCACAUGAACUGUCACAACCUGAAGCAGUGCAUUCUGCCUUCCGUUCCUGGACCUAAGAUUAAAGGAUUUGAUGAACAGCUUCUAAAGGAUGGCAAAUCCAUGGAUGCCUUCAGCUCACUGAUAGGGGCCAACUUCCCUCCCACGACCACUAAUUAUGAGGACCUCCUUGUGGAAUACCUAGAGGUGUUCGUCCCAGAAGAGCGAGAGUUGAUGCUGGAGGAAACAAAAGAGCUACACAAUGGCAGCCUUAAAUUUGAGAACUCCACUUCGGACUGCGACUCGGGUCGGGGAAGCUGUGACAGUCACACCCUGCUCAUAGAUAAAAGUGAAGAAGAGAAGGGACAGCAACCCGAUCAGCAGAGCAGUGAAAUUAAGAUGGAUGGAAAAGGACAAGAUGAGGAGGACAAAUAUCUGACAUGUUCUCCUGAAAAUGUGGACAGCCAUCAGUUGUCUAGUGAGAAGGUAAAGACUUGGCCUUCCUCAUUUUCUCCACUGCCUGAGUACAGCCCCAUCCCUCUGCAGCAACCUAACUCACAUGAGACAUCAAAACAGCCCUGCCUUUCUGACAGCCUGUUCGCCGCUGGGCCCUUGCCCUCCCAUUUUCCUCACCUAGGUCACAACACCAAAGAUGAGAUUGGAUCUAGCUACUGGCAGUUUGGCAUCAGCAACAAGCAACUUCAUCUACUCCAUCAGCAGAUGGAGGCCCAUCAGCAGCUCCAGGCCCACAAAAAUGCCAGCGUCUCCAACAUCGGCCACCUUCAGCUACCUUCAGUCCGGUUCACCGAGUACGUCGAAGUCCAGAGGGUCAGCGACCAGAACAUGGUCAUUCUGCAUCCUGUUCCCUCACAUCCAGAAACCAGCUAUCCUGACUGGCACCAGACAGAAGAGUACAGCAAGGUGAAGUGUGUGGACAAUGACAACGGGCUCCUGUUGCUCCAGAGGGAGGGCGUGGAGGAAGGGAUGGACAUGUGCUCUUAUGAGGAGCUGCCAGAGAGUGACCCAUCAAAGACUACCAACACGACAUUCACCAGUCCUUGCAGUCAACCUGCCCCAUCAGUCCAGGAUGAAAGGGUGGUCGGGGGUUACGUUGACACCUCUGUGUUCACUCUACCCACCUACUAGGUGCGGCACAAGCUUUCGUCCUAAGGACAAAAAAAAAACAGAAUCAAAAGAGCACUAACACUGAAUGGCUCCUGCAGAGUGGUUGCAAAGACAAUAUUUUGCUACCAGAUAAAUAGCACUAUUUAUUUUUCCAUCUUCUUCUGCUGUAACUCUAAUUUUUGAAUAACCAAAAUAAUCUGAAUGAAUAGAAGUUUAUUCUUCAGUUACAGAAAGAAUUGAUUUUGUAACGUAGAUGGUACAAGAUGAUUAUAUUGUGAUUCUACUGUAAAUCUUGGCUCCCUUACCUUUAAGGAAAACUAGAUUUAAGCUGCUUAUUGCAUACUGUAUGAAUACAAAUGGAUGAGAAUGAAAAAAAAUAACGAUUUGACUCAGUGAGUGGAUUUGUGGCCCUUAACUUUUAAAAGUUUAGCUCAACAGAGGGUCCUCUUCUUAAUCAAUGUGAAUUAAAAAGGUAAUUAUGUUCUGUGUGCAAUGAUACAUUUGCCACUAAUGGAAAUUAUUUUUGACAAGAUAACAGGGCCCGUCAUGGACCACGAAUGGUCAAUGAAUAAAGAAGUAUAAACGCUAUGUGUAUCAUGUCUGUGGUUGUCUCAGGAUAUUGUCUUAGAUACACACCAGUGGGAAAUCUCUGGGUAUCAUUUUAGAAAGUUCCUACCAGAGAAUCACAAGAACACUACGAAACAAGUGAACACUAUCAGGAAGAUUUAUUUUUCCAAUUACGCCAGUAAAGUUUUAAAGAAAACCUCAUUUAAAGAUGCUUUAUGUUAGUUUAUAAGUGUAUAUUAGUGUGUGUUUGUAUCAGUUUGAGUGUUUUUGACAGGUUGUUUGAAAAGAAGUUUAAAGAAAUCUAUUUUUCCAUUAAGAGAAUAUUUUUGUGUAAUCGGUUUUGAGAAAAAAAAACAUUUGGACAAAUGUGUUUCGUUUUUGAUGGGGAAUUAGUGUCAUAAUCUGCGUGGACGACCCUGUUUAACACUGACAGUUUUAUUGUUCAUGUACAUGUUUCUGUACUGUACAGCUACACAUCAGGUGAUUUUCAAUGCCCUUUGAAACAGCCCUUAGAUCUUUAUGGAAGCUUGCAGUUAAAAUAUGUUUAUAAUAAAUUCGCCUCAAAAAGGG